AUGUCGGAGAGAGCAUCACUUUCGUUCCCAGUUAUGCCAGUACCAAGUUUCCGCCAUGGAUGCUCCUCUUCUUCGGUGCUUAGGCUAUGGACUCAUUUGGCUCUCUGUUACUCAGACUCUUCCUCGUCUUCCCUUUUCUUGCUCUCAGUUGGUAUGAGGUUUGGAAUGAUGUUCGAAACCGAAGAUUCCGAAAAGCGUAGAUACCGAGAGUUUGGCCAACAGGAGAUGAAGAGACUCAAGGUGGAUCUCGACCGUCGGAUCCAUGAUCAGAAGUUUGCUAGAGAGAUUAUGAACAUACCAGACGGAGAUUGGACCAAAUACAGUGACAAAUUCGAAAAACCUUACUCUCUCGGUGCUUCUUCCUCCUCUUCCUCUGCCGCUAAAGUUCCUUUUGUUUGUUUGUUUUUGCAAUACUUCAUGCUUUAG